GAGAGGUUUCUAAACGUGUUCCAGGGAGAAUUUCAGUGGGAAUUUCUGGAAUAAAAUAUGAAGGAAUCCAUGUCUGCAUUAUCUUUUGGGCGAGUUAUUAAAGGAAUCCUUAAAUGAACUUCUAAAAGAUUUUUUGCGGAAUUUUUCAAAAGAAUUGCUGGAUUUAUGUUUGAGUAAUCUCUACUACAAUUUUGUGAAAGAAUUCCUGGAAAAAUAUCCUGUAGAAAUACCUCGAAUGAUUCCAGGAGUUUGUUCAAACAGCAUCAAAUUAGGCAAGGAAUCAUAAUACACCAACUGUCAACCUUCCGUAACUCGCCCGGUUGCCCAUCUCAGCCAGUACCACGCUAAUGCUGAACACUUAAAGCGACAUUUUUUCAACGUGUUGUACAAAAUAUAACAGUGCGAUCGUUCGUGGGUUAACUGUUUCUAAAAAAAAUAAUUUAAAUUUAGUGUUUAAUACAAUUUUACAUGCUCUAUUAUGCUCCACACCCCCACAUUGGAUAGCAAAAUGACGUAAAUAAUUAUGUUUAUUCCAACUCAUAACUGUCAAUAUGAAUUUUCCAGCUUUACGAUCUCGACAGCUCCAAACAGCGCUCGCGCCUUCUGCUCUGGUGGUCAACGGCAGGACGCCACUUAGCUCUCGGCUGUACAUAUUCCUAACUCGCGCAAUCAUCCGGGUUCGACUCACCAACACAACUGCACCCAAAACAUCUCAAGUGGAAAACUCAUAAAACCGUGGUAAAUUUUCCGCGGCAGCUCUCCCAGUUCGGAACGAGACUUACAUCAGUGAAAACGCGUUUUCCCGAAUUCUGUCCUUUUCGUCACCGCGAUCGAGCUCCGUCGCGGACAAAACGACAUCCAUCGGCGCAAAUCCAACUAGUUCGGAGAUCAACAGUUGCGAAUAUCCAUCAGUGCUUGUCGGGCACCAAAGGGCUGGAAGUGAUACAUUGCAUUCCGCGAUCGCGCAGAUCGCUGCGAAGAUGUCCGAAAAUGGAACAAAUUUGAUGUGGGGCCUCGGAAGCAAGUGACAGUUCCAUCAAUAAGGAAAAUUCCGAGAGAGGAAAAUGAAGAAAAGCCAAACCUAACAUGUUAUGAUUAGAGACGCGUAUUUUCAGACUGAAAUCGUGGAGAAACGCUGUGAACCACAGAAGAGAGAAGAGAAGAUUAGAAAAAUGUGUGUGUUUCUCCGAUAUGAUGGUGCUUAUUUGCGUCUAUAAUUAGUGGAGAAAGAGGACUAAGCAGAACUGUGAUUGUCGUGCAUUCGGUGAAAAGAGCUGCAAAGCCAAAAACAUUCUAGUUGAGAAAGGUUUCCAGAAGCCGGUGGGAAGAUGAAUCGACAGCGAUCGUCCGUGCGGAGUCGGGGAUCUUCCUCGACGACCACCAGUGAUCCGCGUGAAAAGGUGAAGGAUUGCUGUCGGAAGUUCAUCGCGUUCAUGUGCACCCAAGUCGGCGUUGGAGGACUGAUCGUGGUGUACGCUUUGGUUGGAGCCGCCAGUUUCAUGUCCAUUGAAACGCAGGAACCGAACCCGUUGAUCGAGUAUGUGGCAAAUUUGAGGCGGAAUUGUGCGGCGGAGCUGUGGGACGUUACGGAGCAGCAUAAUUUAUUCAACAGUUCGAUUUGGCACUUGGAAGCAGAUAUCGUGCUGAAACGGUAUCAGGACGACUUUGCGGAAGCUAUUCGGAAAGGUUACGAUGGCAGACACCCGGAAGAGGUGUGGAACUUUCCGGCUGCUCUAAUGUUCUGUUUGGCCGUGUUCACAAUGAUUGGCUAUGGAAAUAUGGUUCCCCGGACGGCUUGGGGCAAAGGUGCGACUGUAAUCUACGCUACAUUCGGGAUACCACUGUACAUUCUGUACUUCAUGAACAUGGGCAAGGUGCUAGCGUCUACUUUCAAAUGGCUGUACACGUGGCUUCACGAGUGCAGCCACAGUCAAGAUGAUGACUUGAACAUCGAAGACGGAAGCGGUGUUCCUCAGAAGAAGCGAAUCAUAGUUCCAACGACGGCGUGUCUUUGGGUCAUUUCGAUCUACAUCGCCACCGGGACGAUCAUGUUUGCCGAGUGGGAAAAGUGGACCUACCUGGAUUCGGCGUACUUUUGUGUGACCAGUUUAUGCAAGAUCGGAAUUGGUGAUCUGGUUCCAGGAGCAAACAUUUUGGACUCUCAGAGCGGGAAACCCACCAAAUUGGUGAUAAAUUUCGUGUACAUGUUGCUUGGAAUGGGCCUGGUGGCCAUGUGUUACAUUCUGAUGCGCGAGGAGGUUCGAAUCAAGAUGCAGGAAAUCAAAGAAGACACCAGACUUUGUUUGGAAGACAUGAGCGCUAAAUUCGCAAAGUGCUUCGGCAGUAGUAAGGAAUCCCAGUACUAUGAUUGAAAUUCCAUCAAUAGAUUGAAAAAAUAAUCAUAAUGUUAUAUUUAAUUAGACUGUACAGCUUUCAGCCACUUUUCCACGCAUCCAGUUUUGUUUAAAAUUUUAAGACAGAGCCAAUAAAGAUAUCGGAAAUAAACCGCAGGGUGCUUGCAUCUGUAAGGUG